AUGUCCGAAGAGGCAAAGUUGAAACGGCCAAUUACGAAGGGUCCUCCAGUUCAAGUGAACUCAAUCCAGUAUUGGACGUUGAUUGUGGAAAAUGACACCGCCAGUCACCUAUUGUCAUUCUAUUUCACCUGGGAGAACCCGACCUGGAAUCUGAUUGAUCAAGAAUCGUUUCUUCAAGAUCUCGAGACUCACCACCCGGGAAGAUACUGUUCUCACUUGCUGGUCUAUGUUCUGCUCUUCUUCGGCUGUAGCUUUUCCUAUAGGUUGAACCGGAUCACUGACCGCCGAGAGGAGAAAGACCUAGGACAGAAGCUAUAUGACCAGAUCCAGCGGCUCUGGGAAAAAGACAAGGGGACCCCGGAUCUUCCUACAAUUCAAUCCGGAAUUUUGCUCGGAUUGCUUUCCUGUACAUUCGGAGUGGAUAGGCUGGGCACGCAGUUUAUCAUGAACGGAGCAAAAUUGUAUGUCCAAACAGGCUUCGAUACGGUUGAACGCUGCGCACGUAGCGAGAAAGAAACCGAGCUUUCCUCGGAAGAAUUGUCCCAAGAAAUGGUCUCGUGGGCCAUCUUUGAUGUUCAAGCGUGGGUAUCCCCUUCAUGUUCGAUGGAAAUUACUAACCUGGAGAAGAAUUGCGUCGCAGGUUUACAGGAAAGUCUCUCACUGGCCGGUACCUCCACUACAACGCUGCUCCGCAGAACAGGCCGCCAAGAUCGACGAGAAUAUGGAAUGGAAGCCUUAUCCAUUCGACUAUCCGGUCACCCGGCCAAACUACUAUACAACGUUGCGGUAUAG